CAUGAGUGUCGCGGACAACUUUACCGACUUUUACUCCGGCACGUCGUUCGUCUUUCGGAUGGCGGUGGACGAGUACAACAGUGAGCGCAACUGGACCGGCCUCAUCGAUCGCUACUGGUUGAUCGUGGAGGAGCUGAUCGCUGAUCCCCGCGCGAAACAGCUACCCUUCAUGGACAAUCCACUGCCGACGCUUGGCAUGAUCAUCUGCUACCUCUUGUGGGUUCUCCUGAUCGGUCCGAUGUACAUGCGCGACCGGAAGCCGAUGGACUUGCGACGAGUGAUCAUCUUCUACAACCUGUUUCAGGUGCUCCUCAGUGGCUACAUGUUCUACGAGCACCUGAUGGCUGGUUGGGUGAGGGGUUACAGUCUAACAUGCCAGACGGUGGACUACAGCGAUAGCCCCCUCUCGCGAAGAAUGUUCAACCUCUGCUACGUGUACUAUCUCUCGAAGCUGUCCGAGUUUGCUGACACCGUGUUCUUCGUGCUACGCAAGAAACAGUCCCAAAUUACCGACCUGCACGUCUAUCAUCAUUCGCUGACACCGAUCGAGGCGUGGAUAUUGACAAAAUUCAUUGCCGGUGGUAAUGCGACGCUGCCGAACGUGAUUAACAACUUCGUACACGUGCUGAUGUACUUCUACUACAUGCUGUCAGCGAUGGGCUAUCGGGAUAUUUGGUGGAAAAAAUACAUGACUGAAGUUCAAAUUAUUCAAUUUGUUAUUUGUAUCGCGCACUGUAUCAAUGCCCUCGCAACCGGUUGCCCAUUCCCGCGGUUCAUCACCACCCUACUGCUGAUCAACGCAUCCAUCUUUCUGGCACUCUUCAUGAACUUCUACAUCGAAAGCUACAAGCGCAAAUCGAAAUCGGCCAAGGCCAGUGCCGAAGCAAACGCAGCAAUCGAACUGACGAAGAAAGUGUCCGGUGUCCAAGAACUCUCGCCCGUAGAAGCAUCUCCUGUAGAAGCGGAACAAAUCAGUCACACACUUAAGGAAGGCCCAGAAAUCUCUCCACUGGAAGACAUAAACAACAACGACAGCAGGACGGUGCUGGAGUCGGAGAAAAAACCAUUGGAAGAGUCACCGAUGGACGUGAAGGAAGGUGAGCUAGCAGGUGAAGUAACCAGCAGUAACGUGGAGGAUGUGACCGUGGAGAUGGUGCAACAACACCAACAGGACACAACUGGACUGAGGCAACGGAUAGUGGUAAGCGAAGCGGGCGAGGAAUCCUGGACGGGGCCAACGAAAACCGUGGAACUGGCAAGCGGAUGA